AUGGGCCCCUGUACCGCCUCCCCAUGCUGCUGCCAGGCCCGUAAUCUGCCAUGGGCCCCCGUACCGACUCCUCAUGCUGCUGCCAGGCCCGUAAUCUGUCAUGGGCCCCUGUACCGCCUCCUCAUGCUGCUGCCAGGGCCAGAGUGUGUCAUGGGUCCCUGUACGGCCUCCCAUUGCUGCUGUCUCUAUCGCCACACUCUGCCAUGUGCCACUUUCAGGUCUCCUCACACUGCUGGUGUGUUUCCAUUUUUGUCAUAGGGUGCUGUAUGGCCUCCCAUUGCUGCUGCCAUCCACCGCCACACUGUGGCUCCACACUCUGGUUUUGGCCCCGUGACUGCCCAAAUGAGUGAAGUGUGCGGUGAUUCUAAGAUCGACGGCACUCAUCUGCAUGUCAUACUGACUGACAGUAUUAUUUCUCUUCCCCAGCAGACUCCAAGGGCAUUUAAAUUAAAGGUACAGUGUUCUGCACUAAUAUUA